AUGUCUGAAUAUUUAGAGCAGAGCGUUGAUUCGUUGAGUUCAGCUAUUGUUAUGAUGCAACGAUCGAUUGAAAAAUUGAAAAGAGAAGGUGAAGCUAAUAAUAGUCUUACUGGGAGCGUUUUGCAGUCCAAGAGGGUAUUUGAAUUGAUAUCUGGGUAUGAUGUUGAUCGGGCUAAGUUGGCUAAGAGUGAAGAGGUCGAUCCGUUGGUUAGGACUCUUAACGACAAGCUUGAUAAAUCGUUGGGUAAAUUGCAAAGGGAAUUGGAUACUCUACAGCAGACCUAUGAACUGAAUAAGUUGAGAUUGAAUAAUAACAGUGCUGGUUCUAUGGAUGUGGAUGUUAGUACCGAUAUGGUUAUUAUGGCGUCUUCUACUAAUGAGGAGCUGGAAGAAUUGAAAGAAUUGAAAUUAACGAGGGAAGCAUUGCAAAGACAGUUACAAGAGCUACAGGAUGAGGGUUUAUGA